UUCUCGCGAGAGUUGCCAGAACGUGAGUCCGUGGCACCGGCCGGAGCCGGGAUGGGCCCUGGCCUGCUCCGCGGAGGCGCUGAGUGGGGUUUUGCGGCUCUCGGGCCGCCGCGGGAAUGGCGCCCCGAGACCGGCCGGUAGCGGCGCCCCUCACUCCGGCCAUGCGCAAGCGGGGCGCCCGGAAGCGCCUCAAGUUCCGGGCCGGCGACGUCUGCUUGGAACGCGUGACCGUAGCCGACUAUGCCAACUCGGACCCCGCUGUGGUGAAGUCCGGGCGCAUCAAGAAGGCCGUGGCCAACGCCGUCCAGCAGGAAGUGAAAUCAUUCUGUGGUUUGGAAGCAUCUAAUGUACCUACUGAUGAAGUAUUAUCAGUGGCAGAGUCCUGUGGCAGUAGCGAUGAAGUGGAUUCUAAGGAUUCCAUUAAUGAUAAAAUAUCGUCUAGAAAAAAGAAAAGCAAGAGGUGUAAAGAAAAUUCUGAUGGAGAGGUAGGCAGAGAAUAUCCUAUUGAUAUCUGGUUGAUGCUGGCAUCCUACAUACGUCCAGAAGACACUGUGAAUUUCUCUCUGAUUUGUAAAAGAGCUUGGACUGUCACUUGCACUGCUGCCUUUUGGACCAGACUGUACAAAAGGCACUACAAUAGGAAUGCUGCCCUCCCAAUCCGUUUGCAGCCAAAGUCAAUGGAGAAGAUGUACUGCCUUCGUGCAUGUGUAAUCCGGUCUUUAUACCAUAUGUACAGACCUUUUGUUUCUCACAUAGCCAGAAGCCCAGCUAUUCCAGAGACAACUCCAAGCACUCUAAAAAAUUCAAAAUGUCUUCUUUUCUGGUCAAGAAAGGUUGAGCAACAGACUUCACGGUGGGAAUUCAGCUUCAAAUUACAAAGGCAGACUCCAAAGUUCAAGAAUAAUGGUUUGAAACGUCUCCAACCACCUCUCCGAUAUGAAGAUGUCCACAUAAACCCUGACAAAGACUGCUGCCUACUGCAGAUCACUACUCUUGACUUUAUAUAUAUUCCUAUAGUGAUGGGCAUGACAGUUACCUUGUUCACAAUAAAUGUAAGCACUGAUAUGAGGCAUCACAGAGUGAAGAUAGUUUUCCACGAUUCCCCGGUUUGGAGUGGCAAGAAACAAAGAUUUGACCAUGGAGUGCAAAUCGUAAUGGACCCUGUGCAUAGUGUGCGUCUUUUUGAUUGGUGGCAUCCACAGUUCCCCGCUUCACACUUCUGAGAAAUUCCAAGUAAUUUACAUAAUAUGAACUGGAAAAAACUUCAAGAACUUAAUUUUAUUUUUGGACUAUAUUCUAUACUAUUGCCAUAAAUGACUAAACUUGAUAGUCCAGCCUGUGCAUAUUUGAUCACAAGUAUGAAGAAAACUGUUGUAAUGAAGUUGCAUAAACACUUACUACAUUUUAUGAUCUGAA